AUGGCUGUAGCAUACCCACAUUUUUUGGUAUCUGAAAAUCACGCAACCGUUGAGCAACCAACAUUAAUGGUCUCCCCUGCCGCUCCUUGCCCGUCUGUAACCCUUACCCAGGAUGAUUUGAAAAAAAUCGCAGCUUAUAAGGCCGUGGAGCAUGUGAAAUCCGGCAUGGUUGUUGGGCUUGGAACGGGCUCCACCGCGAAGCAUGCUGUUGACCGCAUCGCCGAGCUCAUGCGCCAGGGAAAGCUUAAAGACAUUAUUGGGAUACCCACAUCGAAAAAGACUCAUGAACAGGCUGUUUCAUUGGGGAUCCCUUUAUCCGAUCUUGAUUCCCACCAUAUUGUGGAUUUAACAAUUGAUGGAGCGGAUGAGGUGGACCCUGGAUUGAAUUUGGUUAAAGGGCGUGGAGGGUCGUUGUUGAGGGAGAAAAUGGUGGAAUCAGCUAGCAAGAAAUUCAUUGUAAUAGUUGAUGAAUCCAAAUUGGUGAAUUAUGUUGGGGGUAGUAGGUUGGCCAUGCCGGUGGAGGUUAUUCCCUUUUGUUGGAAUCAUUCUUUGAAGAGGCUUGUGAGUUUGUUUGCGUAUGCAGGCUGUGUGGGGGAGCUGAGGAAGUGCGCCGAGACUGGGAAGGCAUUUGAGACUGAUAAUGGGAAUUAUAUUAUUGACUUGUAUUUCGAGAAGGACAUGGGGGAUUUGAAUGAAGCCAGUGAUUUGAUUUUGAGGCUUCCAGGAAUUGUUGAGCACGGGAUGUUUCUUGGAUUGGCCACCUCGUUGAUUGUUGCUGGUGUGGAAGGCAUCACCGUGAAGACUAAGAUAGGAAAUGAAUUGGAGGGUUCAGGCUGGAGAAGAUGUAACAGCUUUGGUAAUUGGUUGAGGGUCUCUAGAGUACUAUUCCAGCGGGGCGGGGGUUCAUCAACAAUGACGCAUCCUACAACAUGA